AUGUAUAUAUAUAAAUGUAGUUCUUCAUCUGCUAAACAUAAAUGUGUCGAAUGCAGUUAGCUUUGCUUACUUUUUAUUAUAGUUAAUUAGUUUUUUAUAAACAAAAAUGUCUACCACAACAGUGCAAAAGUUCUAUUGCGGUGAGGUAUAUAUUACGAACACUUAUUGUAUGGUUCUUGUGUGCAAAUGCUGUAAAGAGCAAUUUGGGGUCUAUUCCACAUUUCUGGACCAUAUAUUCGAAAAACACUUUGACGAAUGGGCGGCAACUGAGCAGUCUAAAAUCGAAUCAAAGAAAUGUACAACUGUGAAAGAAAAUAUUGACAAGCAAGUUGUGAUACCAACAGACGACAAUCAAUAUAUUGAUCCUACAAACUCAAAUGAACCGACAUAUGAAGCUGAUGAGGAUUUGAUAACAGAAAUACUAGAACCACUGGAAAAUGACAUAGUGGAUGAGGAGGAUAACAUAAUUGAAAAAGCACCACCUACUAAAGCCGCAAUACUGAACGUACGGCCAGUGCGAGUCUUCCCCAGAAAAAAAUUAAAGAAUGAGGCACAGCGAAGAUAUAAUUGUAAAAUAUGUGGGUUCGCAGUUGCUGGAAUUUACAAUUUACGUGGUCAUGAACAGCGACAUAGUAAUAUAAAGCCUUUCACUUGCUUAAAGUGUAACAAAGCCUUCUACACGAGCACGGAAUUAAAAAUUCAUACUAGACGACACGACGGCGAAAAGCCAUACGUAUGUACUUAUUGUGGCAAAAGUUUUAUAACGACUAGUGUUUUAAAUAAGCACGAAAAUCAACACAUUGACGCGCGUCCACAUAAAUGUGAUCAAUGUGACAAAAGGUUCAACACUGCAUACCAGCUCAGGGAACAUGCCGUGGUGCAUACACAGGAGCGUAAUUUUUCUUGUGCGAAGUGUAAAGCGAAGUUUACACGUAAGAAAACUUUACAGACGCACAUGAAAUUGCACGACAAUGCUCUGGAAUAUGAGUGCAUCAUAUGUCAUAUGCGGUUUAACCAGCGACCUACACUACUGUGGCAUGUAAAGAAUAAGCACAAUGUUGUGCGUGAGGAUAACGAAGGAAAAAACACUGCUGACUUUACUGACUUUAGUGUUCUUAGUUUUGAAAUAUAUAUAAAGAAAAUGAUUGCAAUAGAGCAACGGAAAUUUCACUGCGGUGAAGUCUUUGUUACCAAUAACAACUACCGUGUGAUGCUGCAGUGCAAGUUUUGUGAUAAACAGCUUACUGCUUAUGAUAAGUUUCUGAAUCACAUCUUCGAUGACCACUUUGAUUAUAUUGAUGAUGAAGAUUCCACAAAUGAUUCCCUCGAAUUUGACGAUAUGGCGGUUUUGAACGCUUUCGAGAAAAAUGAAUCUAACGCUGACAACGAUAGCGAUAUCACAGCAGAAAUUAUUGAAAACACCGCCAAUAUUCAAACAGUUGAGAAUAGUCAGUCAUUGGAAAUGACAAUUACUGAUGUAGAUCAGGAGUGUGACUAUGCGGAGAAUGAAGGAAGUGUAUGUACAGAAAUAGCUAUAAUUACACCAGUAGUGGACAACCAAGCUACUAACGUUGCACAACAAAGUAAAACUCCCGAGGAAAGUUCGGUAUCAAGCAAUGUCCGAACGAUCAAUAAUCUAAAUCGCCAGAUUCUUGAUGGAAGAGACAGAAAGUUUAAAUGCAAAUUUUGUGAUACAGCUUUCGGUAACGUGGCCACUUUACGCAAUCAUGAACAGAGACAUUCGAACAAUAGACCCUUUUGUUGCACAAAGUGUCCUAAACGAUUUUUUUCACGGACUGAAUUGAACACACAUAUUAGAUGGCACACGGGAGAACGGCCUUUCGUAUGCACCUAUUGCGGCAAUAGCUAUACAACGAAUGGUGCGUUAAAUUCACACGAAAAACGGCAUAUUGGCAAACGCACAUAUAAAUGUGAUCAUUGUGAUAAAAGUUUUUAUGAAGGCUUCCACCUGCGAGCACACAGUGUAGUACAUACCAAAGAACGUAAAUAUACAUGUGUACAAUGUCAGGCCAAAUUUACUCGAGCUAAAACCUUGCGUAUGCAUAUGAAAUUGCACGAAAAUGCUUUGAGGUACAAAUGUAGCAUAUGCAAUAUGAGAUUCAAUCAGAAACCUACAUUGAUAUGGCAUGAAAAGAGUAAACAUGCCAUUGUACGCGGCGGUGCCGGUGCUAGUGGUGAAGCUAGUAACUCUACAGCAACAAAAUCAGCUGAUGAAACUCGAGAAUCCGACAACGAAGAUACGGAAUAUCAGCGUAAGUGUUAUGAUGAGUUUGAAAGCAAUGAUUCAUUGUCGAAUCAUCAAGAGGAGCACGUCGCCGUCGAUUCUAUAGCGACGUUGGAGGCAUUCCAUGAAGCAGAUAAUGAAUACGUCGAGUUUAUUAAUAUUUAAUUAGCUGUGAGUACCAUUGAUAAGUAAGCGAAAUAAGAUAAAGUUAUAUGAGCCAAUUA